GUGGCUGUAGCGGUUCUGGUGCCGCCGCUCCUGACGCCUAUCCGCGCCAUCUCGGUUCAUCGUCAUCACCAUCUUCUGGUCCCGGGACAACAAUGUCCUCGCCUCGCUGCCCCUGCAGUACAGCCAGCAGCAGUACCAGCGCCAGGACAUGGAGCUGGUGGUGGCCCUGUCGGUGACGUUGGGCUUGUUCGCCGUGGAGCUGGCCGGCUUCCUGUCCGGGGUGUCCAUGUUCAACAACACGCAGAGUCUGCUCUCACUGGCCGCUCACUGCAGCGCCUCCAUCUGUCUCUCCUUCUUUGUCUUGGAGCGCUGGGAGAGCGCCACCUACUGGUACAUCCUGGCCUUCUGCAGCGCCCUGCCCGCUGCCUUCGAGAUCCUGCUCUUUGUGUCCGUCUUCGGGUUCAAGAGGAAGCCCCUGUGAGCUGGAGCCGGGGCCCCUGGGA